UCUCGAGAUGAAUGGAGUAUCCUCAGUAUCCGAAUAUUUGGCGCAAUCAUAGUCUGCCGAUUGUUGGUAUAUUUCUCCAAAAUUGGUCAAAUCUAGACUGUCAUCAAGACAAUCCUGCAAAUCAGGAGUCACUAGGAUACUGUUGAAACUGUCAGUGAUACCCUCAGUAUCGCCGUCUUCUUGAGUAAAUUUCUCACACUCCCACGUCGCCAUACUUUUUCUCGUCAACUCAGAGGUGAUGAUAGUAGUAUUAGUGAGUGCUCCUUGGUCGAAAAACAACUUCUCAUACACACAUCCGUAUUAGCAGCGUUCUACGGUUACGAAGAAUAUUCUUCGCAACAGAUAAUAUAGCACUUUAUUGAGUUGACUAUAUAUGUUUAGAUAUAUAUUAACUCUUUCGCAUAUGGUAAAGGUUAGGUGUGCAUAAACUGGCAACGAUAAAGAUUGAAGGAUGUGUGUGUGGUGUAGUUCAAGUUUUUUUUUUAUCUUAAAAAUCAAACAAGUAUAAUGAUAAUGAAAGAAGAUGAAAAAUUUAUACUGAUUACGAAAUUCAAAUAAUCACUGCACAAACUGUGUUUGUUUUUUUUGUUUUGUAACUUUACUCUUAAUAUUAUUUAUCAGAUAAAUUGCAUUUGCUCACUCUAAUGUUAUAUCUGGAGAUUAGUUAGAGAACAAUGUUAGCAUACAAGAUAAAAUUCUUCAACAUAAGUUUUGGAAAAAUUACCUCCAAGCGAUAAACUAGUAUUGAUGUAGAGUUUAGUCAUGUGACUGAUGGACAUACCCGAGCGAGCGCUCAAUAUAGAGCGAUAGAUGAUAGGGAAUAUUAUCAUCACAUAUCAGUUGUGCCGUGUUUUCCAGUGAAUAACAAACCAAAUACUUGUAAUUCUUUUCCAUCAUCCCUAUUUUUUUUUGGAGGAACAAUAAAAUGACUAGUGAUGAUGAACGUCACGUACUAUCAAUACAGAGCCACGUUGUUUAUGGAUACUGUGGUAAUAAAUGUGCAACAUUUCCAUUACAGUUACUUGGAUUCGAAGUGGAUGUAAUUAAUUCAGUGCAAUUUUCCAAUCAUACGGGAUAUAAAGUCGUCAAAGGUGAAAUCCUGAAUGACAAUCAUCUGGGUGAGCACUUGUACAACAUUUUCUUUUCAUUUAAUUCAUUUCAAUUGAUAAAAGUUUCUUUUCUUUUUGAAUGUAUAUGUGUAUAUACAGGCCAAUUGAUGGAAGGACUAGCUGGAAAUGAUUUGGAUCACUAUAGUCACUUACUCACUGGAUAUGUUGCCUCAUCGUCCUUUCUCAAAAAAAUUUCCCAAUUGGUUCCCAUUUUAAAAGAGAAAAAUCCAAAUCUCAUAUACGUCUGCGAUCCUGUUUUGGGCGACAAUGGAAAAACUUAUGUACCUGAAGAGUUGAUCGAAAUUUAUAAGACAGAAGUAAUUCCACUAGUAGAUAUUGUGACACCAAAUCAAUUUGAAUUGGAGUUAUUGACCAAUGAGAAUAUUGAGACGACAGAGGAUGUGAAAAGAGCUAUAGAGAAAUUGCAUGGAUUGGGUCCUAAAAUUGUUGCUAUAACUUCCAUUGAAUUGAAUAAUAAAUUGCAGAGUUUUAUUAGCAAUAAGCAAGAUGAUAUGAUAAUCACCAUGGACAUACCAAAAAUACCAACAAAUUACACUGGAUCUGGAGAUCUUUUUGCAGCUUUAUUUUUGGCACAUUCACAUAUUCAACAGGAUUUGAAAACUGCUCUGGAGAAAACAAUAAAUUCAUUGCACUCAGUGCUUUUGAGAACCCAUGAAUUCCGCUCGAAAUUCGCAAAUGCUUCGUCUGUGCAAAAAGCUAAAACUAAGGAGUUACGCCUAAUUCAAAGCAAAGCCGAUAUAGAAAAUCCACCGAGUAAACUUAAAGCCCAAUACCUGAACGUAAAAUAGUUUAUUGAAAUAUUUCUAAUAAUGAUAAUACAUGAUGUAUAAAAAUUGUUAAUACAACUAUUCAGUUUUGUGGACUUGAAAGCUUGAAACAUUGAUGUCUUCCAUUAUCAA